UGUAGUUGGUGUUAGAUUUAUUUUUGAGAGAGGUGCUUGUGUGUUUUGGUGUCUACUUUGGCUAAAUGGAUUCUCAGGUUUGUCAAAACUAUCACCAGGAUUGUGAAGCUGCUGUCAACAAGCAGAUUAACCUGGAGCUCACUGCCUCCUAUGUCUAUCAGUCUUUGAUGUCGUACUUUGACCGGGAUGAUGUUGCCCUGCACCAUUUCUCCCAGUUCUUCAAAGCUCAGUCCCAGGAGAAGCAGGAACAUGCAGAGAAGCUGCUGAAAUUCCAGAAUCAGCGUGGAGGCAGAGUCCUCCUCCAGGAUGUGAAGAAGCCAGAGAGGGAUGAGUGGGGUAACGGUCUGCAGGCAAUGCAGGUCGCCCUGGAUCUGGAGAAGAAUGUGAACCAGAGUUUGCUAGAUCUACACCAACUCGCCACUGCCCAGACUGACCCUCAUCUGUGUGACUUCCUGGAGACUCACUAUUUGGAUGAGGAGGUUGAGAUCAUCAAGCGACUUGGGGACUACAUCACCAACCUGAAGCGUCUGGGGGCUCCUGAGAAUGGGCUGGGAGAGUACCUGUUUGACAGGCUCUCGCUGGAGGACAGCAGUUAGUGGGGCCUUUGACUGACUGCAGUCUUUGUCUGUUUGUAUCCAACUCAUUGGGAGAAUUUCUCCAGAAAGCAAGAACUUGUACUGAAGAAACGAAUGGGAAAUAAAGAUCACUGAUGUCCCUCG